AUGAUCGCGCAUACCCUAUUUGUUGUGGGAGCAGGCUGGCAAGCUGCGUUGAUGGCUCCCAUCGAGACCCUAGCGCAACAGCACUUCAAAAACUUGUGUGACCUCAUCUCCAACAUGCCAGCGCCCCUGAGGCCCAAGGCUGCGCUGUUGACGGGAUCAACAAAGACAGCAGCAAAGCGUGACCUCCUGAGAAGACUGGCAACGGGCGACCUGCAGAUACUGGUUGGGACACACGCACUGCUGAGCGAAGGCGUGGACUUCCAAAAGCUGGGUCUGGCUGUGAUAGAUGAGCAGCAAAAGUUUGGAGUUCGGCAACGAGAGCGGCUACAGCGAGGAGACAUCUCCUCUCCCCACAUCCUCAUGACGACUGCAACCCCAAUCCCCAGGACGCUGGCCCUGGCACUGCAUGGCACGAUGGUGAUCAGCUGCAUUAAGUCCAUGCCCCCUGGCCGGUUGCCUGUGCAGACGACAGUCGUCAACGAUGAGGAUCCUCAGGCAGUGGCCCAGUGGCAAGCAGAGACGAACAAGGAACUCGAUGCAGGUGGCCGUGCGUUCAUUGUGUACCCCCUCAUAGAGGAGAGCACAUCAGAAGGGAUGGAGUCGGUGAAGGCGGCUGAGGAGGAGUACGAGAGGAUGAAGGAAUCUCGCAUCUUUGGCAACCGGCAGAUCGUCCUUAUGCAUGGGAGGAUGUCCAGUGAGGAGAAAUCUGAGCGCAUGAGGGCCUUUGUUGAUGGCAUUGCGCCUGUGAUGGUUUCCACAACAGUCAUCGAGGUUGGAAUGGACGUUCGGGAGGCCUCCAUCAUGGUUGUCAAUAACGCUGACCGCUUUGGUCUCGCUCAACUGCACCAGCUUAGGGGCCGCGUCGGCAGGGGGUCACGGCAGUCCAAGUGCUUCCUGGUGUCCAAUGGCGGGGAGAAGGCCUUGGGCCGCCUCAAAGUACUGGAAAUUUCGAACGAUGGCCACAAAAUUGCUGAGGCUGACUUAAGGAUAAGGGGCGCCGGUGAGCUGCUGGGAUCGAAGCAGAGUGGCUUCAUGGGAAUGUACACCCUCACAGCUGCCGACUUGAUCACCGAAGGCCCGCUGAUGGACGAAGCCCGCACCGCUGCGGCCCAAAUACUGGCUGCAAGCGGCGGUCAGAUCCCGCAGGGCCUGCAGAAAAUCAUGGAGGUGCAGGGCCUGCUUCUGAGCGAGGACAGUGAGCUAUGCUGA